UCUGAAACCACCGGAAGAGUGAGUUAUCUGUCCCCGCCCCGGCAGCUCAGUCAAUCCGACCUGAAGAGAAGGCGAGUCCACGGCUAAAAAUAUAAUAGCUAACACAAGAUGGCCGGUUUGCCUCGUAGGAUUAUAAAGGAGACACAGCGGUUGAUGGCAGAGCCUGUUCCAGGGAUCACGGCUACGCCUGAUGAAGGGAAUGCACGUUACUUCCAUGUGGUCAUUGCAGGGCCUCAAGACUCUCCUUUUGAAGGAGGCACAUUUAAACUUGAACUAUUUCUUCCAGAAGAGUAUCCCAUGGCAGCUCCCAAAGUGCGAUUCAUGACCAAAAUCUACCACCCCAAUGUUGACAAACUGGGAAGAAUAUGUUUAGACAUUUUGAAAGAUAAAUGGUCUCCAGCCCUGCAGAUCCGUACAGUGUUGCUAUCUAUCCAGGCGUUAUUAAGUGCUCCCAAUCCAGAUGAUCCCCUGGCAAACGAUGUUGCAGAGCAGUGGAAGAAAAACGAAAGCAAUGCCAUCGAGACAGCCCGAGCAUGGACCAGGCGAUACGCAGGCAUCACUACGUCCCGAGCAUGGACCAGGCUCUACGCGGGCAACACUGAAGUAUAGAAGAAGAGAGACGAGGCGUCUGAAUGUGAUCCACAAAAUGUACUCCUAUUCUGUCAACAUUUGAAUUUAACGGACACAAAAAGAGAAAAAAAAAAUAAGAUUAUAAGUCCAAAUCUAUUUGAAAGAAAUGACAAGAUUUACUGCUGCAGACCUCUGGGUGACUUAUUUUCCUCUCUAAGAUGCGUUAAGUGUGUGUUAGCCUUUUUUUUUUCUGUGUUGCUAUUUAAAUGCAUGGACAGACAAUGACACCCUCCCCACUACAGUCUUAAAAAUAACAUGCAAUAUGUUGUCCUGAACUAGGCACAUACUGGUACGUUUGCAAAAUAUACAUGCAUUAAAGCUGUUCUUCUUUUAACACAUGCAUUAUUUGUCAACACAUCUGUAUGUCUUUUGUUCUGUUAUUUCAGCACAUCGACAGAGUACAUGUCUUUUCUCCCCACUAGUAGUAGGAAUGAUGACGUUUUCUCUUUAUUCUUCUUAGAGAAUACGAUGAGUUUUUGGAAAAUAUCCCUUACGUUCAACAAGGAGGUUAGUUGAAUUUCCACUCCUGUGUGUCUGUGCGAACACGUCAUAACACUGAAUAUUAAGUUGGUGUUGCAGCUACUGUACUUCAGCAUCAUCUCAAGAGCACAUGGGGCACUUAAUACUGAGCACAGAGGGGAAACUCUUUACAUACAGAAUUUUUAUCGCACAGCAAAGACUAUCUUAAAAUGUGACAUAAAAGCAAAUCAAUUUAAAGGAUUCCACACCGGGAGUACUUCCUCAAAAAAGCUAUUCAAUCCUACAUAAACCUUCAAAAAACAGUUUCUGUAACUGCAGUGCAAGUCUAGUGACAUUUUUAAGAAUUAGACACAAAAAUCAAAGGAGGUCAUCCACAGACAACUGAAGGAGGUUCAUUCCUACAUUUUUACUGUAAAAUAAAUUUGAAGACACCCUGAAGGUUGCUGCAUACCUGCCCAAUAUUCCGGUAGAGAAUACACAGUACUGAACAGCCACAGCUAACAUUUAAAAGCAUUUAGUCCAUGGCUAGCAGAUGUAAUUUUAUCUCUUUUUAUUAUUUACAUCUUAACAUUGGGCUUAGGUUGACAGAAAAGACUAUUGUGUGAUUAGAUGCCUGAACCCAGUUAGGUGAGGAUUGUGCUUCUAAUAAUCCAAAAUCUGCUGAUUUAAUGUCAUGUUUUGUUCUUUCAAAGGUUUGUCAAGCAGUCUGUUUCGGCAGCAGUAUGAAAUUUUUUGCCAUAUCUUCAGAAACUGUCGAUGUAAUGUUUGUUUCAGCCAUGGUUUUCUCACAUCUUUACACGUUUCAGUAAAAGUCAAGUCUUUUCAAACCCUUUUGGACAGUUUGGGGAGGGUGAGCAGGUUACUACACGCUUAAAAAAAAAAGCCAUUCCCAACACAUUCAGAAAGGUAGAAUGACGCAAAUUCUUUGUGUUGAAAAGCAGCCGUAUGCAUGUUAUAGCAGACUACUAAGAUGUGUUGAAAAUGUACUUUUUUUUUUGAGGGUGUAGGACGUUGGUCUUUUUUUGUUUUUAUUUUCCUUUUUUAACUGUUUGUCCAUGCUAUCUAUAUUGCCUGUUUAUUUUAUUUUCAGUGUUUUUCAUUAAAAAAAGGCAUGUACCAUAAUCAAACUGAUAUCAGCACAGUUCAGAGUUUUCUUGAGGGUGUCUGUGAGAGCUGAGGUGUUGACUUGUCUUUUAAAGGGAAAGUUGAGGCUUCUUUUUUUUUCUCGCCUUUUUUUUUUCAAGGUUUUCUCAAUUACAAAGUUGUUUUUCACCGUUUGGUCUUACCUGCUUUUUCUCUUUCUAUGAUACUGAUCUGUGAUGAUUAUGCAAGUGAAUUUAAUUGAUUGGGUCGUUGUGAUAGCAGGAGAAAAAAAGUGAUAUUGAAAAUAAAACAUAUUCGAGAUUAAAGGUCCUUAUCAUGCUAUUACAGAUUCUCUAUUGGCUCAAAAUUGCAUGCAUUGAAACCGUGUGUCAAAUUUAGAUUGGGAUUUGUUGAUGGCCUGUAGAAAAGACUUCUAAAAGUCCUUAAGCUUUCAUUUUAAAAGAUGCUGUGUUGAUGGGUUAGAGGGAUCGGUUUGACAACAUCCGAUAGUGGCUUUAAAGGCUCUUCAUGCCAUAACUUGGACCCUCUGUGAUCGUAUUGCUUCUGGAUGGCUCAUCUGAGGGAGGACUGUAACGUUAUAUUGUAGUAAAACUAUUUUUGUUAAGUGCUCUUUUUUGUUUUUGUUUGUUUUUUUUUGGUUGCUCUCUUUUCUUGCUCUUCAUCGGAUUAUCGCAGGCUUGGUGUCGCGUAGAUUUGUUUGUGUCCUGUCCUCACCCAGAAUUAUUAACUUAACUGUUUCUAACCGCUACAUUUACUCAAGUCUGGGAGGAGGAGCACAGCUUAAAACCUGGUUAAUUUAUUGUUUCCCUGGGGGACUUGACAGUAAUCUAAAUCAAGAAACAGUCACUCGCUGGAUUUUUGAAGCAUCUAGAUCAUAAUAUCGAGAGAUCAAACUCUGAUUAAUCAGCUCCCCAUGUGUUAAAAACAAAAAAAGUUCUGUCGUAAUUUCAGUACAUUUGCAUACAUGGCUCUUCAAAUACUCUGUAAAUAAACUGAGUUGAGUAAGUA